AUGAGUAGGGCCAAAAAUAGACGCAAAAGCACGCUGAGGAUGCUGAGGAGUCGAGUGUCAACAGUCGAGGGGAUUCAGGGGUAUCUCUCGUACUCCCUCCCCGAAAUGGUGUGGGCGCCCGAGUACAGCUGGUUCUACAUCAAGGGCGACUUCGUCGGCGCGCGUCAGGAAAUCUCCGUGGUCCUGACCUCCCUUCUGUCCCAGGAAUGGAAGAUCUACACUCCCGUCGGCAUCGCAGUUCCGUAUGGGCGGCUUCAAGGGCGUGCUGGUGACUUAACCUGA